AUGGUGUCGCAAGUUGGGGCUCUUAUUUCGCGGCCCUUCCCUCUCUUCGCAGCUGCAACUAUACUUCGCGCUACCAUGCUAUUAUACGGUCUAUGGCAAGAUGCCAACUCGCCACUUAAGUACACAGAUAUCGACUAUCUAGUUUUCACAGAUGCCGCACGUUUCACCUUUGCGUCUGCGUCUGCGUCUCCCUAUACUCGGGAGACCUACCGCUACACACCCCUGUUGGCCUGGCUCUUGUACCCAACUACAUGGCCUGGUACCUUCUGGUUCUCAUUUGGCAAGGUGAUAUUUGCCGCGGCUGAUAUUGCAGCUGGUUAUUUGAUCAUCCGUGUGCUGCGAGGACCGACCGUGCGCAUGUCUGAAGGUCGUGCUUGUAGAUACGCGAGCAUAUGGCUGUUAAAUCCUAUGGUGGCUACUAUCAGCACAAGGGGCAGCUCCGAGGGACUUCUAGGAGUGUUAGUUAUGGCUUUGCUGUGGGCGGUGCUUGAGAAGAGAGUGACGCUUGCAGGGUCACUACUGGGGCUGAGUGUCCAUUUCAAAAUCUAUCCCUUUAUUUAUGCGCCGGCCAUUGUAUGGUGGAUGGAUGCUCAGCAGAUGAGUAGGAUAACAGGCUCUCAGACUCAAGCAGGGAAGGAUGGCCGAAGUACUACCCCACCGACAACAUUAUUGGGUAAAUCCAUGGCAUUUAUCACGCCCGAUCGCAUUUUACUUGCACUUGUUAGCUUAACUACGUUCUUAGGCUUGGACUUUGUCAUGUACACAUUUUACGGAAUGCCAUUCCUUACCCACACGUUCCUACAUCACGUCAGCCGGAUUGACCACCGUCACAACUUUAGUCCAUACAACAUCCUACUCUACCUUACCUCGGCGCACCCAAGCACUGCCCUAGUCAAAGCUGAGUCGGUGGCAUUUUUGCCGCAGCUGGUCUUGUCAACGAUUCUGAUUCCUAUAGCUGGGGCUAAGAAGGACCUGCCAACCACUAUGUUGGCGCAGACUUUUGCCUUUGUUACCUUCAACAAGGUCUGCACGAGCCAAUACUUUCUUUGGUAUAUGGUCUUCUUACCUUUGUACCUACCAGACUCCUCGUUCCUCCGUAACCCGCGCCUUGGCUUAUUAAUUCUCGGUCUCUGGGUUGCAACUCAGGGUAUGUGGUUGCAGCAAGCCUAUAACCUUGAGUUUCUUGGUAUGAGCACAUUUAUUCCUGGCCUCUGGACAUCGUCUCUAGCCUUUUUUUUGGUGAAUUGCUGGGUCUUGGGGAUCAUCAUUGGAGAUCUGGAUUAUAGUCCCGAACAUGAGAAGAGCAGUUGA